ACAAGCUCGGUUCACAAUCAUUAGCUCCUUAGUUGUGUAUAUUGUGUGGUUCAAGAUGGAAGAUGGUGCCCCAAAGCAUAUUAUCCAGAUGACAGGAUUUAAGAUGGAAGAAAAGGAAGCUCUUGGCAAAUUGCUUUUAAAACUAGAUUGCACUUUUAUUAAGAGUGAGAAAUACAAAAAUUGUACACAUCUUAUAGCUGAACGCCUAUGUAAGAGUGAAAAAUUCUUAGCUGCUUGUGCAGCAGGAAAAUGGGUACUGACUAAGGACUACAUAAUUCAUAGUGCCAAAAGUGGCAGAUGGCUGGAUGAAACAACUUAUGAAUGGGGAUAUAAAAUUGAAAAAGACUCCCAUUAUUCACCUCAAAUGCAAUCUGCACCUAAAAGAUGGCGGGAAGAGCUGAAACGCACUGGCGCUCCAGGAGCCUUCCACAGAUGGAAAGUUGUUCUCCUGGUUAGAGCCGAUAAAAGAAGUGAUUCUCUUGUAAGAGUUUUGGAGGCUGGAAAAGCAAAUGUCAUUUUACCAAAAGGUUCACCUAGUGGGAUAACUCAUGUGAUUGCCAGUAAUGCAAGAAUCAAAGCUGAACAAGAAAAAGAUAACUUUAAGGCUCCAUUUUUUCCAAUUCAGUAUUUAGGGGAUUUUCUUUUAGAGAAAGAAAUUCAGAAGGAUGAAGAAUCCCAUUCUAGAUCUCUUUGGAAUAAGCAUAGCAAUCAAGAAAAACACAGAAGUUUCAGAAAAGAUACAGGAUUUGUUGAAAUGAAAGGUGCCUUACAGGAGACCAGGUGUAGAAUUCAGAAAGAAUUGCACCAUCAUGUUGAAGAGCUUAAUGUCAGUUCUGUUUUGAUUGACCAUCACAAAAAAGACAAGCUUAGAGAGUCCAGUAAAGAUUCGAAAUUUAUAAAAAUGAGAAAUGCCUUAGGAAGACACACAUAUGGAAUUAAGAAGGAAAUUAAGAAAAAGGAUGAAGAUAUUCAAAGGAGUUAUACUUUGAGGAAAAAAUAUAAAAAAGAAAAAGAAAGAAGUUACAGAAAGGAGGUGGAACAUCACAAAAUUAAAAGUACCUUAAGAAAGCACAUAUAUAAAGAUCAGAGAGAAAUGAAGAACUCUGUUUUUGCUGGUCAUGCCAAAGUAUCAAAAACCAAGGAUGUUCGGAUGGACGUGGAUAUUGUUGAAAUAAAAAAUGCCUUACGGAAGCAUAUAUAUAGAGCUCAGGCUAUCAGGUACAACUGCAUUCGAAUAGAUAAACAGCCAGUGUACAGUGUAGAGGUUAAAAAUGCUGAAUUUCCCAGAGGUGUGUUAAAUUUAAUUGAAAGCCUCAUAGAAGGACAGUUUUUUAAGGAAGCAAUUGAGGAACUUUCCUCUUUGCAAGCACAUUAUAUUCCCCCUGUAUGCCUUCUUCGUGCUCUUCUAGAGAACAUUCUACAGGAUAACAUAGAUACGUUUUCUGGCCGAUACUUUCACAUAUUGUCGGCUCUUCUUCACUUGCAUCCGCCUUGGAAGUCUCCAGCCAUGUCACGAUACUACUUAGAAUUGUUUCAGUGUCCCACGUGUAUGAAAGGAGCGUGGUCUUUAUUUGAAGUGCUGAUCAGAUCUUGCCUUUUCAAUGAGAGCUUUUGUCACCAGCUUUCAGAAAGCACCAUUGAGUCUAAGGUGCUUCACCUGACGCUACUCAAGUUUUUCUUUAAUUUAGUUGAAAGUGAAGUGAGACAUCUGAGUCAAAGGUUAUGCGACUGGUCAGAUUCUCAGAGCCUGAAAAUAGCAGGAAAGGCAAUUCUUCUUGAAAUCUUUUGGUCAGGGAGUGAGACCUCUGGACUUUUGACCAAGCCACUAAAUAUGCUUUUGGAGUGGACUAUAUAUUCUCACAAGGAAAAAAGCAAGUCUAAUGAUGUCUUCAAGCAUGAACUAGCUUACCUUUUGACUGGUAUCCUUGGAGCGGCAAUAGAUUAUUGGAUCUUCCUUGGUCUAAAGAUGGGUAGGAAUGUUAUGCGGCACAUGUCUGACGACUUAGGCAGUUACGUUUCCCUCUCAUGUGAUGACUUUUCUUCACAGGAAUUGGAGGUGUUCAUCUGUUCCUUUUCCUCCUCCUGGCUGCAGAUGUUUGUUGCUGAGGCGAUCUUUAAAAAGUUGUGUUUACAGAGCUCCAUCAAUAUUUCUUCUGAACCACUGUCUCUUCAUAAAAUGAUAUAUUCCUAUUUGCCAGCUUUGGGGAAAACUGGUGUGCAUGGCUCUGGAAAGAUGCAGAUGCAGAUGUCCAAAAAAAUAGGACAGUGGCCUUGCCUUGAGUCUCCAAGGGCUUUACUGAUGUUGAACGGCGCUAAACAGAAAACAGGUGAAGAAGUGCCAGAGUUACAAGAGCUGAGCCUUGCUAAAUGUUCCUCAUCAUUAAAAAGAUUGAAAAAGAAAUCAGAAGGAGAGUUGUCAUGUUCCAAGGAGAAUUGCCCCUCUUUAGUUACAAAGAUGAAUUUUCACAAGACUAAUCUAAAAGGAGAAACAGCCCUCCAUAGAGCUUGCAUAAAUAACCAAGUGGAGAAACUGAUUGUUCUUCUUUCUCUGCCAGGAAUAGACAUCAAUGUUAAAGACAAUGCUGGCUGGACGCCUUUGCAUGAAGCCUGUAACUAUGGAAACACAGUGUGUGUCCAGGAAAUUCUGCAGCGUUGUCCAGAGGUAGAUCUGCUCACUCAAGUGGACGGGGUGACUCCUUUGCAUGAUGCACUGUCAAACGGACAUGUAGAAAUUGGCAAGCUGCUACUUCAGCAUGGGGGCCCUGUGCUUUUACAGCAGAGAAAUGCUAAGGGGGAAUUGCCCUUGGAUUAUGUGUUAUCAUCGCAGGUCAAGGAAGAACUAUUUGCUAUUACAAAAAUAGAAGACACAGUGGAAAACUUCCAUGCACAAGCAGAAAAACAUUUUCACCACCAGCAACUUGAAUUUGGCUCGUUUUUACUUAGUAGGAUGUUGCUGAACUUUUGUUCAAUUUUUGAUUUAUCUUCAGAGUUCCUCUUAGCUUUCAAAGGGUUAACACAUCUAAAUGAGCUGCUGGUGGCUUGCAAAAAUUAUAAGCAAGCUACCAGUGCUCAUACUGAUUGGUUACUGGAUCUUUAUGCUAGAAAUAUAAAGACUUUACAGAAGCUCCCAAAUAUUCUUAAGGAACUGCCUGAGAACUUACAAGUGUGUCCUGGAGUACACACUGAGGCCUUACUGGUGACAUUGGAAAUGAUGUGUCGGUCAGUCACAGAGUUUUCUUGAUGAUGCCAGAAAAUAUGAGUCAACCAUUCUAAACUCUCUCCACUUGCUGUGUUAUUUACUAUGGACUUACUAAGUUAUUAACAAAUAUUAAUGUAAUUUAUUUAUUGAUAGAAUCUUUAGUAUUGUUAAAUUUUAAAAGCACUUAAAGAACUUCGGCAAAACUCUAGGAUAGACUUCUUAUUUUAGUAGAGUAGAAUUUGACACCAAAGUGAAAAGUAGUUUUGUUUGACAUACACAGCUUUCAUUAACCUUUAUUAUUACAUGUUGUUUUAAGAGGGAUUAUUUAUUUAUAUUGUAUAUGUAAACUUUUUUAUUUAAAUAUUUUUCCAAAUCAAACUGUAAUGUUCUGAUUCUUGGUGUUCUAGGUCUUAGAAUCAUGGCAAGGGUUUCCAUGCAAAUGUGUUCUCCGUUUCUUCUCUUAGGCAGUUAAACCGAAAUGCCCGCUUUAAUUUUGUGUAUUUCUAAAUACAUGUUUCUAAAAUUUACAAUAAUCAUCUUGGUUUUUAAGUGCAUUAAAUUGAGUAUGCAAAGUUUGACAAUGAGGAUCUCUUGAUCUAUUUUAUUUUAGGCGUAUAUGUUGAAAGUGUAUUUCUAUUUCAUGUAACCAGUAUUCUGUAACUGAAAACAUUCUGAUUCAUGUUUCAUUUCAAAUUAAGAUUAUAAAUGGCAACCAAAAAUAGAUUUCAAAUUAUCUCAAAUCUUAAUGCACCGUAUGAAUUUACAGAGCCUUAGGAUUUCAACCUGCAAUUUUUUCCUAAUAGUAGUUUAUAGUAAAACUAACAAAAGGGUGUGGAUAAUAACCACUUGUGAAAUUGAAGUUGCUUCACUAGAGGAAUAAGUUACAUUGUGAUACAGCUGGAAAAGAAACAUUAAAACUUCCAUUUAGCUUUUAUGUAACUAAAGUGAUAAUCUCAUAGCAAUUAAUCUGCUAAAGAAGCACACUUUAGUUUUAUCUUAGAAAUAGAUCUUUUAACAAGAACCAAUUGCCCAGUGUUUUAUUACAGGAUUCUUACUCUAAAUUGAAAAUUGCUUUAUUAAUACAUCAGCUGUUAAUAAAAAUUAAGUUUUUUCUCCACAUAUUUUAAAUAAGUACUUUUCUAAACAUACACUAUUAAAAAUAUUGGUUAUAACUAUCUAGCCUUAAAAUGUGUAACUUCAUACAGAUUUCUUCCUACUUAAUCUGUUAACAUUUCAGAAAACAUGAUGUAGCAGAGAUUAAGUAAUUCUAAAAUACCAAGGUUGAAGUUCUUUUGCUAUGAGUUAAAACAUUGUUAUUCAUCUAGUGCCACUUUAUCUCAUUUGUGAAGUGCAUUUGGGAUAGUUUGCUUCGUAAACUUACACAUUUAAUUAGAGACUUUGACAUCAAAUAUAAUUUCGAAGUCUUUUCUGAUUUCUUAGUGACGAGUUCAUUAUAAGACAAGUUCCUUUUUAAGUUUUUAUUUUCUAACCUGUCAAAUGGAUAUAGCACCAGGAGGGGUUUUUUGUUUUUGUUGUUUUUGUUUUGCUGUGAUAGGAUUAAGCUGUCCUACACUUUAUGUGACAUUAAUAAAUGUUACUUCCAUUCUG